UUGUCCGAAUACGGGUGUAGGAACUGUUCAUGUUGCCCCUUGUAUUGUGCGCAGCAGGGCUGCUGACCCGCCCCCGCGCGACGACACAGGGCAGAAUCGCUGCUAGCUGCCGGCUCGGAGGUGCUGUCCAUCGAGGCUCUAAGACAGAAACAGCAUUUCAUUCCAGCCGUUACUUACUCUGACAGAUCUAUCUAUCAAUCACAACAGAAUGGCGUUCGACUUGGCUGAUUCACAGUACCUCCUCAUCCUUGCCCCAUCACUGGUCAUCAUCCUCAUGUUCCUCUUCUUCUGGCUUUUCAUGAAAGAGACCUCCUACGAUGAAGUUCUGGCUCGCCAGAAACGAGAUCUGAAGUUGCCACCAGUGAAGACGGAUACCCGCAAAAAGACCGAGAAAAAGAAGAGCAAGAAGAAGGAGAGCAGUGGAAGCGGAGGUGGUGGGAGUAAAGGGGGUGAAUCGGAGGAAGAAAUACGAGAUUUCGAUUUGAUUGAUGCCACCAGCUCUACUUUAAACGACGCGCUCCCUGAAGUGGUGCCUGCGCCACUGCCUGUCUCUGUCCCUGUGCAGUCAGAACCGCCAACAGGACUGAGGGAGAGGAAGAAGAAGGAGAAGAAGGCGAAAGCUGCUGCUUCUGCUACUAUGGCAGCAGCAUCUCCUCCUCCUGCCGCUCCUGUCACCGCAGAGAAACCAGAAGUCAAUAGCGCAAAGUCGGCUGUCCAUAAGGAGCAGCCCCUCAUGCUUAGCAAACAACCCAGCCCACCCCAGACUCAAGCCACGCCUCCAACUGCAGCUGAAUCCACCAGCAAGAAGAAGGCUAAAAAGCAGAAGAGUGAGACAGAAGAGCCUCCAGUGAAGGCUGAGGUGAAGCCUGACCAGUCUCCUGUUGUGGUUAAGAAGGUGGAACCUGUGCUGGCGGAGCACAAACUGCAAGAUGGAGCUGCCGCUCCUUCUGCACCCACCACCUCCACUAGCAGCGGCAGGAGAAAGAGCAAGAAACAGAAGACUGAGGCUGCCGUCACAGUCAAGGAGGCUCAGGUUCAGUCUUCUUCUCCUGCCAGCCAGACGGACUCUGUCCCUCCAGCAAACCACCAGAGCAGCAAGAGUGAUGAGGUUGCUGCUCCUUCCCCAUCUCAUGCUUCCACUAAGCAGAGCAAGAAACAGAAAAACGAAACUGACAAAGAGAAUGCCCGAGUGAAGCUGAAGGAACUGUUGGCCAGUCUGGGUGGACUGGUGAUGUCUGAUGCUGACGUGGUUUCUGUGGUCUCUCUCCUCCGUGACAAAAGCCCGAAUGCCUUGGACAGCUGGUAUAAAUCUGCAACUAAGUUUGAGCCCACAGCUCAGCAGUUGGCAGAGAAAGAGCGUCUUGUCACAACCCUGCAGGAGGAAGCCUCCAUCGCCAAGGACAAAGUCAAACAGCUCGGCCAGGAGUUGCAGACCGAGAAGCAGAAAAGCAACCGUGCUGACGCCAUGCUGCGAGAACAGCGGGUUGCCAUGGAUAAGGAGGUGAGCGUCAUGCAGGCCAAGGCUCAGGCCAGCUACCAGGAGCUUCAGAGUAUGCAGAUCAAGUUCCAGACACUGAGGGAGCAGAUGGAGGGGCAGAUCAGCAGACUCCAGAAAGAGAACAACAUCCUUCGUGAUGCUGUUAGCUCAACCUCUCCUCCUAUAGACAACAAGCAAAACUCUGAGCUGAACAAUCUGCGCUCCGAGUGUUCGAGUCUGAUGAAGGACCUGGGUGAGACAAAGGGCAAGCUACAGCAGGAGGAACACCAGAGAAAGAGCCUGGAGGUCAGCUACAAGCAGAACGUGUCGCAGCUCGAGGGCCAGUUACAGGACGCUAAGCGGCGUUGGGAAGAACUGCAGAACUAUUUGCACAGUGUGAACACUGAGAGAGAAAAGCUGCAGGCUGCCAAACAAGAGCUGCAGAGUCAACUGCUGGCGGUAGAGUCAGAGAUGACUAAUAAAAACAAGGAGAUCCAGACUCUCCACAGCAGUCUGACUGACACCAUGGUCUCCAAAGAGCAGGUGGAACAAAAGGUCAUGCAGCUCUUGGAGGUCUCGCAGCACAACUUACAGCCUGACAACUCCCUACAGGCCCAAGUGCAGGAACUCAUGACUGAGAACAAAGCCCUUAAGGUCCAGAUUGAGAAUCUUCAGCAUCAGAUCACCUCUCAGGCCAAUGCGGUAUCCCAUUUUGAUGAGCUUCAAAAGCUGCUGGCUGAUAAGGAGAUGCAGAGGAAAAGUUUGGAGGAUUCCCUUAAUGUGGAAAGAAGCAAUGUAGCAUCUAGGGAGACUAACCUCCAGGCCUUUCACAAGGAAAAUGUUGUCCUGAAGACAGAGGUCCAUCGUCUGAGCACACAGAUAUCUGAGCAGGCCUCCUCCCUUUUGGCAGUGGAUCAAUUCAAGCAGAGCCUUCAAGAAAAGGAGGAGAAAAUCAAGACGGUGGAGGUGCUGCUGGAGACUGGGCUCAUUCAGGUAGCCAAUAAGGAAGAGGAACUUAAGCAUGUGAAGGAAGAGAAUGACCAAUUGAAGCAGCACAUUGAAGCCCUACAACAGCGGACUGUAGAGCAGAAACAAUCUGACACAUCAUUGCUAGAGGAGCUUCAGAGACUGGUUCAGGAGAAGGAUGAGAAGAUCAGAUCAUUUGAGGAGAGUUUAAAGUCAGCAUUGAAACAGGAAUCGGAAAGUGUGAAAACUAUUGAGGACCUCAAGAACCAGUUGAAGAAUGUGUCAGCUGAACUGCAUAAAGCACAGAGCAGAGAAACCCAGGAGAACACUGGGAUGAGAUCCCAGCUUCUGGAGCUCCAGUCUCAGUUAUCUACUAAAGAUGAAGAGAUCCAAAGACUAGAGAAAGAGUUUGAAGAGAAGGCCAAAGAAGUUGUUGACAAGAUGGUAACAAGCGCUCAGCUUCAGGAGCUCCAGUCCCAGUUGGCUACAAAAGAAAAGGAGCUUCAGAUCCUACACAAGAAGAUGGAGGAGAAGUCAAGACAAGCAGAAGAGACGAUGGAGCAGCAGCAGCAGCAGAUGGCAUCAGCAGUUCCCAGUAAGGAGUUACUGACAGCGAUUGCUGAAAAGGACAGGCAGCUGUCAGACGUUCAGGCCCAGCUACAUGAACUUAAAGAGGCAGUGGAGCUUUACCGGAGGAAGAAUAAUGAGCUUCGGGAGAAAAACUGGUGUGCUAUGGAGGCGUUGUCAGCCACCGAGACCAUGCUUCAGGGAAAACUCAGCAAGAACGCCAAGGAGAGUCAGACAUCACUGGAGGCUGCUGAGGCUGAAUGUCGAGCAGUUCUGCACAGACUUCUCCCACAUGUGCCUCUUCCUACUGAACAGAGCCAUAAAGAAUGGCUGCAGAACUUUGAGAGCUCCAUGGCUUCAGCUGAUAGGACGGGCUCUGCACCAGGCGCAGACGAUAGUUGUGUCAAGGAUUUGACAGAAAAGUUAAAGGAGGCUGAAGAGGCCCAGAAAGUAUUACAGAAGGAUUGUGAGACGUACAAGAAAGUCUUAGCAGAUACGGAGGGCAUCCUACAGAGGUUACAGAACAGUGUGGAAAAGGAGGAGUGCCAAUGGAGGGAGAAACUGGACCUGGCACAGAGCGAGCUAAGGGAGAUGACGUUGAAGGUGACCGUGUUGGAACAGGAAGUGGACAGACUGAGCUCAGAUGGCGAUCUGGAGAGUCUGAGAAGAGAGAAGCAGCACCUGGAAUCUGAACUGCAGAGAGCGGAGCGCGAGAGUGCCACUUAUGUGUCUGAAGUCAGAGAGCUUAAAGAUCUCUUGACCGAGUUACAAAGUAAGCUUGAUGGCUCCUAUACAGAGGCUGUCAGGCAGAAUGAGGAGCUGAAUUUGCUGAAGACACAGCUGACUCAGACUCUGGGCAAGCUGGAGAUGGAGGAAAGUGAGCGAAUGAAGGUGGCUGGAGAUCUCUACAAGGCACAGCAGUCUCUGGAGCUGAUCCAGGAGGAGAUCUCGAAGGAAGCAGGGCAGAGCAACCUGAUCCAGAACAGUAACCUAACUGCUGAGGAAGAGAUAGAGCACAAGGAGAAGAUGACUGCAGGGUUGAACCAGACAGUGCAGGAACUACAAGAAUUACUACAAGCUGUCAAUCGGCAACUUACCAAGGGACAAGAGACGUGCGACGGAGACAAGUAGUGACAAGUGUCUUCUGAAGGCCAGUUCUAUCCCACCCACAGCAGAUACCCUAUUAAACUCUGGCUCCCCGGUUUCCCUUUACACCUGAUCUAACGUGUGCUCUAUAAACCCACAGCACCGACCCAGCCCCAUCUAAGAAGAGCAGGGAUUGGCCAAAGCAUGGCCACAUACACUCCAUGAACCAAUCCAUCUGGAUCCUUUUUCUUGACUAUCAGUUUCUCUACUGUGGCAUUCCUUAUUGUCGGUAGAGUUGCCAGAGCUAAGCCAUCUGAACAGACACAACGGUUAGACUUGUUUAUGUUUUGAUUAAUUUUUAAUCUCUUUUCAGUUGAACCACUUUGAAUACUACAUCUUUGUUAGCGUUCUUUGACAGAAGGGUUUUUAUCCUUUCUUAAAAAAUGAGAGUUGAGAACAUGUGUUUUAAAGACUCUGAGAUAACUGUGUACUGACACUCCACGACAUUUGUUCUGCAGUCUUGAACUUGCUUAAUUGCGUAAAAUCACACACGCGAACAAAUACACCACAUGCAUUGAGGUUCCUGAAUGUUACGUCUUUUUCCCAGAGUACCUAUUUAAAAAAACAAAAAUGUCUCUGUUAAUGAAAAAGGCAGGUGUUUGUGUUUGUUGAAAGGCAGGCACCCCAUGCAGCAGAUACUUUUACUGUAAUUAUUCUCAAGUACAACAGAGGUGGGAAAGGGACAUGUCAUAAUCCAUACAAUACACUCUUUAAUGUAUUUCUUUAACAAGGAAUAUUUCAUUUUUUGUUAAACUGGUGAGCGUUAUUAAAAGGGAUGCUUGAUAAAUAAA